UUCUCAACUGUGUUUCUGGUACGUACCCAUGGUGGGAUACGUUGUGCACUAAAACGAAUGUAUGUUAAUAAUGUGCCGGAUCUCAACAUCUGUAAGAGAGAAAUUACAAUUAUGAAAGAGUUGUCUGGGCACAAGAAUAUUGUGAGCUAUUUGGACUGUGCUGUUAACUCCAUAAGUGACAAUGUUUGGGAGGUGCUCAUUCUCAUGGAGUAUUGUCGAGCUGGGCAAGUUGUGAAUCAGAUGAAUCAGCGCUUGCAGACUGGCUUUACUGAGUCAGAAGUAAUGAGAAUAUUUUGUGAUACCUGUGAAGCUGUUGCGCGGUUGCAUCAGUGCAAAACACCUGUAGUUCACCGGGAUUUAAAGGUGGAGAAUAUAUUGUUAAACGAUAGUGGCAACUAUGUCCUCUGUGACUUUGGCAGUGCCACUAACAAAUACCUUAAUCCUCAAAAAGAUGGUGUUAGUGUGGUUGAAGAAGAAAUUAAAAAGUAUACAACACUGUCAUACAGAGCUCCUGAAAUGAUCAAUCUUUAUGGAGGAAAACCAAUUACUACCAAGGCAGAUAUCUGGGCACUUGGCUGCUUGCUUUAUAAACUUUGUUUCUUUUCACUUCCCUUUGGAGAAAGUCAAGUUGCUAUUUGUGAUGGAAGUUUUACUAUUCCAGACAAUUCCCGAUACUCUCAUAGUAUACACUGUUUGAUAAGAUAUAUGCUUGAACCAGAUCAAGAACAGAGACCCGAUAUCUUCCAAGUAUCUUACUUUGCCUUUAAACUUGCCAAAAAGGAUUGUCCAGUGUCUAAUAUGAAUAAUUCUCCUGUCCCUUCAGCUCUCCCUGAACCCAUGACAGCUAGUGAGGCAGCUGCUAGAAAAAGCCAAAUAAAAGCAAGAAUAACAGAUACUGUUGGACCAACAGAAACCUCAAUUGCACCACGACAAAGACCAAAGGCCAAUUCAAGCACUGUCACUUCUAGUGUGCUGACCAUACAGAGCUCAGCAACUCCAGUCAAAGUACAAGUUCCUGGUGAAUUUGGUAAUCAUGGGCAAAAAGGAACCAUGCGACCAGGGAACGGACAAGAAAUCCUGCAGUCCCAAGGGACCAACCAGCACCCCCCGCAGCAGAACAGAGUUCUCCAGCAGCUGCAGCAGGGUGACUGGAGGCUGCAGCAGCUGCACCAUCUGCAUCACCAGCACCAAUCUGCGAUUCAGGAUGCUUACAUUCAGCAGUAUCAACAAGCAAUGCACCAGCAGAUGGUCCAACAGCAGCUGUUGAUGCAGUCUGUGUACCAGCAGCAACCUUCCCAGUCUCAAUACCCUGCUAUGGUGCAGCAAUAUCAGCAGGCUCUGCUACAGCAGCAGAUGCUUGCUCAGCAGCAACAGCGGUCGCAACAGGCACAAUCUCCUGAAUAUAUCACUUCUCCUCAAGACUUCUCACCAGCCUUAAUCUCCUACCCGGGGUCACUGCCAGUGCAUGCUGGAACAGUGGCAGAUUCUCCCUACCCUGCAAGCAGGUCAGAUAUUCCUGAUGCUGAAUCAAUCACCAGUUACCCAAAGCAGAGCAUCAAUAACCCACCUGAUAUGUCAGGCUGGAACCCAUUUGGAGAGGACAAUUUUUCCAAAUUGACAGAGGAGGAGCUGCUGGACAGAGAAUUUGACCUGCUAAGAUCAAACAGGCUGCUGGACAGGACAGCAUCUUCAGAUAAGAAUGUGGAGCCACAUUCUGCUCCACAGAAAAAUCCUCCUGAAGAUCCCUUUGGUUCUGUUCCUUUCAUUUCUCACCCAGGUUCCCCUGGAAAACCAGCUGGUAACUCGGGUGGUAAUCAAGGAAAUAACUUAGGGACGCCAACCAAGGCUGGAAGGCUGAGCCAUGCUUUUAGAGAUCCCCGGUCGGGGAGGAAGGUUGCAGAGGGACAAGUGACAAAAGGUGGUGAUGAGUCAGAGAGUGAUUUUGAAUCUGAUCCUCCUUCUCCCAAGAGCAGUGAGGAAGAAGAACAGGAGGAUGAAGAAGUGUUGCAGGGAGAGAAUGGAGACUUCAAUGAUGACAAUGAUACAGAACCAGAGAAUUUAGGCCACCGACCUCUCCUCAUGGACUCUGAGGAAGAGGUGGAGGAAGAGGAGGAAGAGAAGCAAAGUUCUGACUCUGAUUCUGAUCGUACUAAGCAAAAGUCUGUGGAAGGCCUCCUGAGUAGUAGGUUCAGAGACGGUGUGGGCAGCGGUGAAAUCAAAGAACCUGCUUCAAUGCAUAUGUCUUUGUCUGAGGUGCCAACUACUAUAAUCCCAGUGAACCCUGGCCAAGAAUUUGAUGUGUUUGGGGCAGUGCCCUUCUUCACUCUGCAGCCCCAGGCAAGAGAGAAGAUGGACAAAGAUGUCGCUUCUCAGGCAGCUUUUCCCAGCCUGAGCCAAGAGCAGGAUGACUUCGAUGUUUUCACAAAAGCCCCCUUCAGCAAAAAAGUGUCUCAGCAAGAUGGCCAAGUGACAGGAACUGAGCCUCUGCUUUCUCCCACCUCUCCACGGAGCCUUGAUAUUUUUGGCUGCACCCCAUUUCAGCCUUCCCUUCUCCCCAAGACUGGUGGGAGUAGAGAGGACCUGUUUGGGCUGGUUCCUUUUGAUGAGAUCACAGAGAGUCAGCAGCAGAAGGUGAAGCAGCAGCGUAACCUGCAGAAACUUUCUUCCCGGCAAAGGCGGAUGAAACAGGAGGUCUCAAAGAACAAUGGUAAGCGGCACCACAGCACCCCAACCACCACAAAGAAGGCUCUGAAACCCAGCUACCGCACACCUGAGAGAGCCCGCAGGCACAAGAAAGCCGGCCGCAGGGACUCACAGAGCAGCAACGAAUUCCUGACCAUCUCAGACUCCAAAGAGAACAUCAGUGUUGCAUUGACCGACAGCAAAGAUCGAACCAACCCUCUGCAGGCAGAUGAAAAUCUGCUGGAUCCUUUCGGAGCCAAACCCUUCCACCCACCGGACUUGCUGCGGCAUCCCCAGCACCAAGGUUUUGGUGAUGGCUGUGGGGAUCAUGGAGCGGUGGUAGCAGCUGGCAGACCAAGGCAGACCUCCUUGCACAGAGCCAUUCAUGGUGGUGAGGGGCUGAAAACAGAUGACUUCGGUGCAGUGCCCUUCACAGAACUGGUUGUGCAGAGUGCACAGAGCCAGCAGCAACAGGCACUGGAGUUAGAUCCCUUUGGAGCAGCUCCAUUUCCUUCCAAACAGUAA